CUCAGCCUCCGGGAGCAGCAGCUGAGGGACAAGCCUUCGGAGGGGCCUGGGAGGGACUUGCUGUCCUGGAGAGUGCGGGCUCUGGACCCUACCCUUUCGGCGCGGCAUGGGGGGUCCCGCGGGGCUGCCAGGUCUCCUUGAUGCCCCACAGCCCCUCCUCUACCUGCUGUGCCUGCUCUCAUUGCUCCAAGCAGCCAGGCCAAGCCAGGUGCCCAGAGAACAACCCCAGUGGGCACUGCUGGAGCAGUACUGCCAUGCAGUCCAGACCCUCACUGACCUCUCAGGUCCCUACUCCUACUGCAACACGACCUUGGACCAGAUCGGUACUUGCUGGCCCCGGAGCGCUUCUGGAGCCCUCGUGGAGAGGCCGUGCCCUGAGUACUUCAACGGUAUCAAGUACAACACGACCCGGAAUGCCUACCGAGAAUGCUUAGACAACGGGACGUGGGCCUCAAAGAUCAACUAUUCACAGUGCGAACCCAUUUUGGAUGACAAGCAGAGGAAAUAUGACCUGCACUACCGCAUAGCUCUCGUUGUCAACUACCUGGGCCACUGUGUCUCUGUGGCAGCCCUGGUGGCCGCCUUCCUGCUUUUCCUGGCUCUGAGGAGCAUCCGCUGCCUGCGGAACGUGAUUCACUGGAACCUCAUCACCACCUUCAUCCUGCGAAACGUCAUGUGGUUCCUGCUACAGCUCAUCGACCACGAAGUGCAUGAAAGCAAUGAGGUCUGGUGCCGCUGUAUAACCACCAUCUUCAACUACUUUGUGGUCACCAACUUCUUCUGGAUGUUUGUAGAAGGCUGCUACCUCCACACCGCCAUUGUCAUGACCUACUCCACUGAGCGUCUGCGCAAAUGGCUCUUCCUCUUCAUCGGAUGGUGCAUCCCCUGCCCCAUCAUCAUCGCCUGGGCAGUUGGCAAACUCUACUACGAGAAUGAACAGUGCUGGUUUGGCAAGGAGCCUGGCGACCUGGUUGACUACAUCUACCAGGGCCCCAUCAUCCUCGUGCUCCUGAUCAAUUUUGUAUUUUUGUUCAACAUUGUCAGAAUCCUAAUGACAAAAUUACGAGCCUCCACCACAUCAGAGACAAUUCAGUACAGGAAGGCGGUGAAGGCCACCCUGGUCCUCCUGCCUCUGCUGGGCAUCACCUACAUGCUCUUCUUUGUCAAUCCUGGUGAGGACGACCUGUCACAGAUUGUGUUCAUCUACUUCAACUCCUUCCUGCAGUCCUUCCAGGGUUUCUUCGUAUCUGUCUUCUACUGCUUCUUCAAUGGAGAGGUGCGCUCAGCUGUGAGGAAGAGAUGGCACCGCUGGCAGGACCAUCACUCUCUCCGAGUGCCUGUGGCCCGGGCCAUGUCCAUCCCCACGUCACCCACAAGGAUCAGCUUCCACAGCAUCAAGCAGACAGCUGCCGUGUGACCCCUUGUCACCCACCUGUCCAUCAUCCUCCACCCUCGAGGCAGCUUCCCCACCCUCCUCUGUCUUCUUCCCUGGACCUUCUGGCCGUGCAGGCACUGGUGGCAUAGGAGAAGGGAGGGAAGAGGCCAGCCCUCCAGCCGGGCAAGAAAGAGAGGGUGCAGCCACGGAAGAGGCUCCAAGGGACCAGGGCCACUGAAGCCACAAGCCUCCCGCAGGAGGGAGAAGAGGGAUCCACCCCCCUGAGAAGAGCGGGUCAGAUGUCAUUCAACAUUUGCCCACUGCCUCCUCUCUUGCUGGAUCCGCACUGUAGCUCCAUUCACAGAUGAAGAAACUGAGGCUCAGAGAAGGCAAGGGUCUGCACCCAAGUCACACCGCUGGUUACCCCACUCAUGGUACCAGCUGCUGGUUGAUGGGUUGCCUCUGCUCACCGCCUUCCGCCGCCACACUCAGGGGCGCCCUCUGCUGCUGAAGGAGUUAAAGAUCAAUUCAGUUGGCCCCAUCCCAGGGGCUGUCAGCUAGGGAAGCCUCCCCGUGCCCUGCCUCUGUCCAUGCUGUCAUCUACUCCCUCCCCAGCCGCCCUGCCCCUGGGGCUUCAGGAAGCUUCUGAGCCUGAUGUCCCUCCCUGGAGAGACCUUUUCUCAUCUCAUUGCUGGGGGUGGAGGGGCAGGUGAGAGGGAUAGGCAACCAGGGCAGCCAUGCGCGUAGGCCAACCAGACACACAGUGGACAGAAUGAGGAGCAGGAGUGGGCGGGGCGGGAGGAAAAGAGCAGGGUGGAGAGAGUCAAAACCAAAGUUGUGUCUUUGGUGGUUGGAACUAAUCCCCCAGCCCCUUCUCAGACUGGGCUUCAGCCUCCCCCGAUACAACAUCUCUACUCUCUGAGAAAUAAACCGUGACUCUGUGAAAAUGGCCUCCUUCAGGUCAAGUGAGAAGGCAUGGGAGAGGUGGUGUGGUCAAGGAUGGGGGCUGAGUCUGCAGGGCACAGCCAUGCCCACCCUCAGUAGUGGAGAUGCUGGCCCUAACCCAGGUAGUCCUGCCUGUCUGACCUGUGGUAGGAGUCGUGUCUUCAUGGUCAAAGUGCUUACAGAUCCAAUCCUUCCCUGUCACUCUCCCAGGCUGACAUCUGUCCCCAGCCCCAAUUCAGAAAGAGGAGGCACACAACUUGGCCACCACAGCAGGGCCAGUCCAAGGGCAAGGGUUCUGGAAUCCACAGGGAAGGGUAGCCACGGCCCCUCAGACCCCAUGAGUGACAGCCCACAGGGCAGUUUCCAGGUUGGCCUCCAUCCCUGGGCCACUCUGGGAGGUGGUAGACAUCAAGGAGAGGGAAAAGUUGCCGAGUUAUUGGUAUGAAAGGGCUUUCUCUCUAGGUACCCCCACAAAAAUAAAUUUUGAAAAAAUAUGUA